GUCGUGGAGGCAGCGGCGGCGGAUUUAGGGGCGGCAGAGAUGGAGGACGAGGAAGGGGCAGGGGAGCAUUCAGUGGAGGCAGAGGCAGAGGGAGUGCUAUGAAGCGUGAUGGAGGUAGAGGUGGUGGAAGAGGCGGCGGAAGAGGUGGGGGAAGAGGAAGAGGACGUGGAGGAAUGAAAGGAGGGAGUAAGGUUGUUGUGGAGCCUCAUAGGCACGAGGGAGUGUUCAUUGCGAAGGGGAAGGAGGAUGCACUUGUUACUAAGAAUCUGGUACCUGGUGAUUCUGUCUACAACGAGAAAAGGAUUUCUGUUCAGAAUGAAGAUGGAACGAAGGUUGAGUACAGAGUGUGGAAUCCUUUCCGUUCUAAGUUGGCUGCUGCUAUUCUUGGAGGCGUGGAUGAAAUUUGGAUUAAACCUGGCGCGCGUGUUCUCUACCUUGGAGCUGCAUCUGGAACAACUGUCUCCCAUGUUUCCGACCUCAUUGGUCCUACUGGGGUUGUCUAUGCAGUAGAGUUUUCAAACAGAAGUGGUAGAGAUUUGGUGAACAUGGCAAAGAAACGUACCAAUGUUAUUCCCAUUAUUGAAGAUGCCCGACAUCCUGCUAAAUACAGGAUGUUAGUCGGAAUGGUUGAUGUCAUAUUUUCUGAUGUUGCUCAGCCUGAUCAGGCAAGGAUUUUAGCACUGAAUGCCUCUUACUUUUUGAAAGCUGAAGGUCAUUUUGUCAUAUCCAUAAAGGCUAACUGCAUAGAUAGCACUGUACCUGCUGAGGCUGUAUUUGCUCAAGAGGUUAAGAAGCUGCAAGCAGAUCAAUUCAAGCCAAGUGAGCAGGUCACCCUUGAACCCUUCGAGCGUGAUCAUGCCUGUGUUGUUGGUGGUUACAGGAUGCCCAAGAAGCAAAAGCCAACUUCCUAGGUUAGGACUUAGUAGUAGCAAAUGUCUUAUUUUCAACUCAAACUUGAGGGUUGUUUCAAGUUUUGUAUUGCAUUAUUUUAUGCUUAAUUAAUUAAUCUGAUCGUACAUUUUCACAACAUGAAUUAUGAUGUUUUAUUAGAACAUUUUCGUAGCACAUUUGACCCAAUGUUCCUCCGUAAUGUUCUGUCUGCGAACGUAGUGGAUGUAUGAUUUAGUUUUGUGUAAUUUUUAUCAUGAAGUUUGAAUUGUCGUAAACCAGGC